AUGGCGAGGUAUUCGACACCCGACUCGUCACAGUUUACGACUGCCAAGGUCCUCAGUCCUUUGCAGCGCCACUUCACGUCGAUUGCUAUGAGAUCCUCCAAGACGCUUAUAAACCACGAAAAGUUACCCUCUCUGCUCUUUAUGACACUCUUGCAGGAUAUUGCUCUCCAACCAAACUCACUGGAUCUUGACUAUGGCCUACCAUCUGGACCUUUUGAAGUCGAUAUGGUCAAUCCCAACAACGAAUUCGCACUCGCGUCAUUAAGUCACGUUGAUGAGUCUAUUUCCAUCAUAAUGUGUCACAGUACGACGACAGAGUUACUCAUGAUUACGUCCAUGGCUUUCGAGUACGCUGAGGGUCAUGAACCGAUGUACUUCGGACCAUUCGCCAUCUCCGAACCAGAGCAUGAGAAAAAUGUCAGUAAACAAGACCGGUGCACUUGCAUACACGAAGGUUCUUUCGAAGUAGAGAUUGAAGAUUUACCCCACUUUGAAAUAGGUGGAUGGAACCCAAAUGGAGCUUACCUCAAGACUCUUCGUCUAUGGGUCGACAGCUUAGGGAUCCUCACCAGUCUACAGUUUGUGACUGAAGCAUCCGAGAGUCAGAAGUGGGGCUUCUGUGAGGGCGAACAUUCUGCUGAGCUAGACUUGCGAACUAAGGAAGAAACAACAGCGGGGAUCAAGUUCUUCCUUGACUCGAAUGGGAGAAAUGACGUUGGCGAAGAUACGGUCGUUGUAGCUGUUCAGCUGAUCGAGGUGAAAAAGCCAGCCCCAAAACCAAAACCUCCCAAGAUGAAGAAGUACAAGAUUUCUAAGUAA